GAUGUGGUCCCUAAUGGCUCGGCCUAGAACUGCAGAUAUCCAGAAUUCUGCUCUAAAAUUUGGAAACUUGUAUAUGAACCCGUGAAGCAUAUAAAAUUUACAAUUUCUAUUAAUCUAGCAAAAUGAAGAAAACAGAAAUCCCAGAAGUAUUACUAAGUUCUGGUCAUAAGAUGCCAUUGAUAGGGAUGGGAACUGUAGCAGUCCCUCUUCCACCAUCAGAAAUUAUCGUCCCCGUUUUCAUUAAUGCCAUAGAAAUUGGUUAUCGCCAUUUUGAUAGCGCUGCUCUUUAUGGCUCUGAAGAGUCCCUUGGGCAAGCCGUGGCAGAAGCAUUAGACCGAGGCCUUCUAAGCAGUCGUGAAGAUUUGUUCAUUACUUCCAAGCUGUGGUGCCCGGAUGCUCACCAUGAUCUUGUUCUUCCAGCACUCAAGAAGUCACUCCAGAGGUUGCGAUUAGAAUAUGUGGAUCUUUAUCUGAUUCAUAUGCCAGCAAGGGUAAAGCAAGAAGUUGAGGGCCUAAAUUUUUCGGAAUAGGAUUUGCUGCCCUUUGACAUGAAAGGAACAUGGGAAGCCAUGGAAGAGUGUUCAAGAUUAGGUUUGUGCAAGUCCAUCGGUGUAAGCAACUUUAGUUCCAAAAAAAUAUCUCAGCUUCUUGAACAUGCAACCAUCUCUCCUGCCGUUAAUCAGGUGGAAAUGAAUGCCGCGUGGCAACAGAAAAAAUUGCUAGAAUUCUGCAAAGAGAAAGGAAUUCACGUGAGUGCAUGGUCUCCUUUGGGGGCCAAUGGAGCUUGCUGGGGUUCUCUUGCAGUGAUGGAGAGUCCAAUCCUUAAAGAAAUUGCUGCUGCAAAAGUAAAGAGUGUUGCCCAGAUUGCUCUAAGAUGGAUACAAGAGCAAGGAGCGAGUGUAAUUGUUAAGAGUUUCAACAAGGAGAGGAUGAAACUCAACCUGCAAAUCUUUGACUGGGAAUUGAGCACAGAAGAUACAGAAAAGAUUAAGAAUAUUCCACAGCGAAGGGGAUACUCAGGAGAAAUGUUUAUUUCUAAAGAUUAUGGUCCUUACAAGUCAUUGGAGGAAUUUUGGGAUGAUGAUAUUGAUAAUUACCAGUGAAUGAUAUUUCUCCACCAAGUCAAUAAGCAUGUAUUUGUAAUUUA